AGGAAGAAGCGCAACGUCAAGGAGGGAGGGGCCAGCACGUCGGGGGCCUCUCUGGCCCUACCCGGCUCCUGUUCUCUAUAGUUUUCCGGCAGAAAGUGAUCUGGGAGCUAGAGAGAUGCGUGGAGCCAGGCGGACUCGUCGCGCGGUGACGCUCUGGCCCCACGCCGACGGCCUCUCUGUGGCUCCCGGAGGACCCGGCGGGCCAAGUAUUGGAGAGCCAAAGGCCAGGCCUGGACAGUGAAGCCUAACUCCUUGCCUGUACCACCCUCCUGUGGCAUAAGACCCAGGGCCUGGGUCCUGCUGAUGUAGCAGAGCAGAGAGCCAGCAGAUGAAUGGACACCUUGAAGCAGAGGAACAGCAGGACCAGAAGCCGGACCAGGAGCUGACUGGGAGCUGGGGCCACAGGCCUAGGAGCACCCUGGACAGGGCUGAGGCCAUGGCCCCGCCACCACCACCCUUGGCUGCCAGCACCCCGCUCCUACAUGGCGAGUUUGGCUCCUACCCAGCCCGUGGCCCACGCUUCGCCCUCACCCUCACAUCACAGGCCCUGCACAUACAGCGGCUGCGCCCAAAACCUGAAGCCCGGCCCCGUGGUGGCCUGGUCCCACUGGCUGAGGUCUCAGGCUGCUGCACCCUGCGAAGCCGCAGCCCCUCAGACUCAGCAGCCUACUUCUGCGUCUACACCUACCCUCGGGGCCGGCGUGGGGGCCGGCGCAGAGCCACCCGCACCUUCCGGGCAGAUGGGGCAGCCACCUACGAAGAGAAUCGUGCUGAGGCCCAGCGCUGGGCCACUGCCCUCACAUGUCUGCUCCGAGGACUGCCGCUGCCUGGGGAUGGGGAGAUCACUCCUGAGCUUCUGCCAAGGCCACCCCGGUUGCUCCUGCUGGUCAAUCCCUUUGGAGGGCGGGGCCUGGCCUGGCAGUGGUGUAAGAACCAUGUGCUGCCCAUGAUCUCUGAAGCUGGGCUAUCCUUCAACCUCAUACAGACAGAACGACAGAACCACGCCCGGGAGCUGGUCCAGGGGCUGAGCCUGAGUGAGUGGGACGGCAUCGUCACUGUCUCAGGAGAUGGGCUGCUCUAUGAGGUGCUGAAUGGGCUCCUAGAUCGCCCCGACUGGGAGGAGGCUGUGAAGAUGCCCGUGGGUAUUCUCCCUUGCGGCUCGGGCAAUGCGCUGGCUGGAGCAGUGAACCAGCGUGGGGGGUUUGAGCCAGCCCUGGGUCUCGACUUGCUGCUCAACUGCUCACUGCUGCUCUGCCGGGGUGGGAGCCACCCGCUGGACCUGCUGUCCGUGACACUGGCCUCGGGCUCCCGCUGUUUCUCCUUCCUGGCUGUGGCCUGGGGCUUUGUGUCGGAUGUGGAUAUCCAGAGUGAGCGCUUCAGGGCCCUGGGUAGUGCCCGCUUCACCCUAGGCACAGUGCUGGGCCUCGCGACAUUGCACACCUACCGCGGACGCCUCUCCUACCUCCCUGCCACUGGGGAGACUGCCUCACCCACCCCCACCCACGGCCUGCCAAGAGCCAAGUCAGAGCUGACCCUGGCCCCAGACUCAGCCCCGCCCAUGGCCCACUCACCCUUGCAUCGAUCAGUGUCUGACCUGCCCCUGCCCCUGCCCCUGCCCCAGUCUGCCCUGGCCUCCCCUGGCUCACCUGAACCUCUGCCCAUCUUGUCCCUCAAUGGUGGGGGCCCAGAGCUGGCCGGAGACUGGGGUGGGGCUGGGGAUGCUCCUCUGUCCCCAGAUCCACUGCUGUCCUCACCUCCAGGCUCUCCCAAGGCAGCUCUACUCUCACCUAUUGCUGAGGGGCCCCCAGAAAUUCCCCCAUCCUCUGGGCUCCCACCUCCCACCCCUGAUGCCCCGAUAGCAGUGUCUACCUGGGGCCCACCUGACCACCUGCUGCCUCCACUGGGCACCCCACUGCCCCCAGACUGGGUGACCGUGGAGGGGGACUUUGUGCUCAUGUUGGCUAUCUCUCCCAGCCACCUGGGCGCUGACAUGGUGGCGGCUCCCCACGCACGCUUUGAUGAUGGCCUGGUGCACCUGUGCUGGGUGCGAAGUGGCAUCUCGCGGGCCGCACUGCUGCGCCUUUUCCUGGCUAUGGAGCAUGGUAGCCACUUCAGCCUGGGCUGUCCGCAGCUGGGCUACGCUGCGGCCCGUGCCUUCCGCCUUGAGCCGCUCACUCCUCGCGGUGUGCUCACGGUGGACGGGGAGCAGGUGGAGUAUGGGCCGCUGCAGGCACAGAUGCAUCCUGGCCUCGCUACUCUGCUCACUGGGCCUCCUGGCUGCACUGGGCGGGAGCCCUGAACCCAACCAAACUCGGAACCCGCCGGGGGCGGGGCCUACAUUCCAAGGGGGCGGAGCCUGAGCUAGGGCGUAAGGCCUGGCUGCCAAAUUUGGGGCGGUGGCCCUAUCUCAGGAUUGCGCCCGCCUUCAGGGGACCCGACGUGAAGCUGGACAGUGGUCUGAGUUCCAGGCGGUGGGUGUCGUCAUAGUUAGAGAGAAAUGGGCUCGUCCCCCGGUUAGUGCCUGACCGAGAGGGUGGGGCCUGGCGUCUGAGCUUUGGCCGCCCCUAAGCAAGCCCUGACCCCCGCGUCCGGCUCGUUGAAGGCCAGGGCGGCUGAGGGCGGAGCCUGUCUUACGCGCCGCCCAUUGACGGUGCCUGGAAUGUACGAGGCCGGGGGAGGCCUUAGUUAAUUGCCAGUCAGGGCCCGGGUCUCGCCCUAUCCACUCCGGUGCCUCCACUUAACUGGCCAAUCAGCCCAGGAGGGGCAGGUUCCCCGGGGCCGGCGCUCGGAUUUGCACUAAUGUUCCUCUCUCCGCGGGUGGGGGUGAGGAAAUUCAUAUCUCUUGUUCUGUCUCAUGUGCGUCCCCCCUCCCCAAUCUAAAAAGCAAUUGAAAAGGUCUAUGCAAUAAAGGCAGUCGCUUCAUUCCUCCCA